AGAAAAUUCAUCUGAAACAGAGGAGCAGACUUGAGUUGUCAUAAAGUAACUCCUGGCUUUCCCUUCUCUAUUAAUCAGAGGCAUAAAGAAAGUGUAGCUCCUUGAGCUGAAUGAUGGCAAUGUCACAGAGUAAAGAAGAACAUGGGAAGGGGUCAAAGAAAGCCUUUGCCCCCCCUGCACAAAAAAUGCAUAGCCUGAUGUGCUAUAGCCCUAACUCACCCAAGGAGGAGAGCCUGGGGGUGAGUUCCUUAAAGGCCAGGUUAGAGAAGAAGGAGAAGAAAGCAACCACAGAAAAUGGUCCAAGCAGUGGUCAGAGAAAAAAAGGAAAGGCUCAAGACAAGCAAACAGAGAAGAAAGAAAAGGAAAAAUUGAGUCUCACCAAUACAGAAUUUGAGGAGAUUGUCCAGAUUGUGCUACAGAAGUCCCUCCAGGAGUGUUUGGAGGCUUCCUGUGCCCAGCCCGUAAGACGUACCCAGUUAGAAAAGGAACCAGGAAUUGCAUCUUCUACUGAUAAUGAUAAUGCUGAUGGAGAGAAGGUAAUGGUACCUCAUAUUCUAGAGAUUUCAGCCACUAAGGAAACUGGAGUAACCUCUGUGAUAAAGACAUCUAAGCCAGGCCAAGCAGAUCCUGCACCUUCUGAGAAUAAAUUCAAUAGAUUCUCCUUAAGCAAAAGAAAGAAGAGAGCCCAUGAGAAAAUGGAGAAAGCCCAAAGUGGAUGUGACCCCAGACAGAAAGCUCAACUGAAGAAAACAGUUCAAAAUCAUUCUCAGAUAAGAAACCAACAAAAAGGAGAAGGCAGUGGUUUUGGCCAGUGUCUCGUCUGGGUCCAGUGUUCCUCCCCAAACUGUGAGAAGUGGAGGCGGCUUUGUGGGAACAUCGACCCCUCAGUGCUUCCAGAUAAUUGGUCCUGUGAUCAGAAUACCGACUUGAAGUAUAAUCGCUGUGACAUCCCUGAGGAGUCCUGGACAGGACGUGAGAGUGAUGUGGCUUAUGCCUCCUACAUUCCAGGAUCUAUCAUCUGGGCCAAGCAAUAUGGUUAUCCCUGGUGGCCAGGCAUGGUAGAAUCUGAUCCUGACCUGGGGGAAUAUUUUCUUUUUGCUUCUCAUCUUGAUUCCCUGCCGUCUAAGUACCACGUGACAUUUUUUGGAGAGACAGUUUCUCGUGCUUGGAUCCCAGUCAACAUGCUGAAGAACUUCCAGGAGCUGACCCUGGAGCUAUCUGGAGUGAAAAAGUGCAGGAACAAGGAUUGCAACCAGAAACUGGGAGCGGCCCUGAUGAUGGCUCAGGAGGCAGAGCAGAUCAGUAUUCAGGAACGAGUUAACUUGUUUGGUUUCCGGAGCCGAUACAGUGGAUCUGACAAUAGUUGGGAAGGAAAAGACAUAAUGCUUACUGGGGCUAACAGCCCAAAUUCCCGCUUGGAGAAAGAAGGGGAAGAAGAGUCAGCAUUGGAGGAGGAGGAAGAAGAGUUAAAAGACUCCACUUUGCCUAGUCCCAAGCCAGCCAAAAUUCAGACCAAAAAAAAGAAGGCAAGAGGCCCUAAGAAAAAAUUUACAGCUCCCCAAAGCAAACCUGCAGGACCGAGCUCGUCUGAGGACAAAGAAGGCAGGAUGGAGCCAAAGGGCCCGACCCCACCAGCUCAUCUGAGCGCCCGUCCCCUGAUGGGGAAAGAAGGCUGGCAGUGUCCUCAGGAGGGUGCAAGUGUUGCCCCUAAUGACGAAGCCUCCAGUGACCUGGACCUGGAGCAACUCCUGGAAGAUGUUGGAGAAGAGCCGGAG